UAUCAAUGGAGAUUGAUCAUGAAUUGAAUCCUUUCAAUAUUAAGAAAUUAGUAAAUAAUGGACACACAACUAGAGUGCUCUUUGAAUCUGAAUAAGACACUUUCAUUUGUGAAGUGUAAGUUUCCAAUUGAAUUAUUUAGAAUUGGACCAAGUUAUUAAUAAUCACCUGAAUGUCAGAUAAACAUUAAAUUAGAUGGUAAUGAAAUACUGAAAAGAGAGAUUUAUAAUUUAUUGAAACAUUUGAUAUUUACAGAGACUUAUUAAAAGUAAUCCUUCACUGUGAUUUUUGAUUAAUGUCCUCCAUAUUCAAAAGCAUUUAAUGCCUUAUAUUACUCAUUAUUGUUACAUGGAGUAAGAAUGAAAGAUUCUUUUACAUCCUGUUCAGCUGUACUUUAUUAUUUAAAAUAUUAAGUUUUUAGAUGAUAACAAAAGACUUGUUGUUGAUAGGAAUGAAAAAUAAUGGAGUGCAAAAAUAAAUUUAGUUUAUUCAAUUAAUUUAUAAUAAAUAUUAUGUUCAGAUGUGAUGGGAUAAUUUAAUAAUGAUGAUUUAGGAAUGUUGAUUUCAGGAUGUAUUAGUGGAUGCAAUCAGAUAUAUAAUUUUAUUAAAGAUCUCUGA